UCUCAUCUACAGUAUUGAGGAAGGCUACUCGUGCUUGGCCUUUUGUUUUAGAUCUAAGUCUUUAUGAGCGAGCACUGGGAGGGAAAGUAUUUCAACAUCAAUGGGUAAUAUGGCCUCCAUAUCGUAAACGAGUAGGGGUUUGUUCGAGGACUUAGUUUUGAUGAAGCAAUAUAAUGUUAAUGCUGUUAAAAACAGCCCUUGCCCCUAACAUCCACGUUGGUACGAGUUGUGUGACUUAUUCGGUGUGUACAUGAUAGACGAAGCCAAUAUUGAAUAAAAAUCUUGCAUGCAUCCUACUUCUUGGUCUCUAGGAAAUGAAUCUGGAUAUGGUCCUAAUCAUUCUGCAUCAUUGGGGUGGGUGCGGGGAAGGGAUCCCUCCCGGCUCUUACAUUAUGAAGGGGGAAGAUCUAGAACUUCAUCCACUGACAUCGUGUGCCCUAUGUAUAUGCGUUUGGGACAUUGUGAAAAUUGCUAAGGAUCCAACUGAAACCAGACCUUUAAUUCUGGGCGAGUAUUCACAUGCAAUGGGUAAUAGUACUGGAAACAUUCAUGAAUAUUGGGAAGCCAUUGACAGUACAGAAGGGCUGCAAGGAGGGUUUAUCUGGGACUGGGUUGAUCAGGUUUUACUGAAGGAGGGUGCAGAUGGAACUAAGCACCGGGCAUAUGGCGGUGACUUUGGAGAUAUCCCUAAUGACCUUAACUUUUGUUUAAAUGGUCUUACUUGGCCAGAUCGUAUUCCACAUCCAGCAUUAAAUGAGGUAAAAUAUGUCUACCAGCCAAUCAAGUUCACAUUCGUUGAAGAUAAAUUCAAGAUAUUUAACUCACAAUACUUUGAAACCACCGACAACAUAGAGUUCAGUUGGCUUCUAGUUGGAGAUGGAAAAUGUUUGGGUUCUGGGGUGCUCUGUCCCUCUACUAAAACCCUGGACAGUCACGAAAUUGAACUAAAAUCAUCACCCUGGUAUUCUUUAUGGGAAUCAUCCCCUGCAGCACACAUAUAUCUGACAAUGACUGCUAAACUUACCCAGCCCACACAUUGGGUGAAGCGGGGCACGUGCUCUCUUCUAGACCAGUUAAAGGAGCACAUAUUCCUUCUGUGAUUGAAUUGCCUGAAAGUCCUCAAUUGCUUAUUGAACAACGUGAUGGGGCAAUCACAAUUAGCAACCUGAAUGAAUGGCUGGUUAAAAUUAAUUGGAGGACAGGACCCCUUGAUAGCUGGAAGGCAAUUGUUUGCAUAAGGUUUUUCCACACGUAACAUUUGUUUUCUGAAGUGCAUCUGGAGAUGAUAUAUAUGUAAGGCUAUACAUAACUUGUAUCAUAGUCUCGCUAGUCUCUAUUGAGGCAGCAUCACCUGCAAGAAUUUUUCUUUUGAAAAUCUAUAAUGCCUCCCGUCAACUCUGAUUAUUAGCCAAUCAGGUUAGGCUCUCUGCUGGAAGUCUCUUAGCCUUUGUCAUCGCAAUUUGUUGGCAGAUUUGCUAACCAAAGUCCAUGGCAUGGACACAGCAUCAACUCCUGGUCAACAAACUGAUGCUUCUGGUUUCCCCACAUCAGUUUGAAGGGGAGGCCUAACAAAUAUGGAAGUCAUUGUAAUUUAUUGUGUUUGACUACUUGUAACACUGUUUUGUAUCUUACUAUAUUUCUUGAGUGUUCCUAUUUAGUUGUUGAUCGACCAAAAGGAGCCACAAGGGUUUGUAAUAUGUGGCAGGUAUAAUACGUUAGAGGAUGAUGAAGCCCUGUUCCAUCAAAUUCAUUUUGUCUCAAUCUUGUGUAGUCGUUUGCUCCUCAUAUGAAUAUAUGAUCUUAAAACACAGAAUGGAUUUCAAAGUACAUACGCAUUUCAUAGAUAACAGAUAACACCAGGGAUGUUUUUUCAUCUAUUCAGUCCAAGGACACAGCAAUCUGUGGAUUUGUCACUUGGGCAGUAGAUCUGAAGCUUUUUGACUUCUUGGAAGACGAACUUUCUAUUCUUGAUCUUGUUAGUUGGGUUGAUUUUGGUAGUGAGCAUUAUCCUAAAGUAGUUUAUUUAAUCUUUUUCAAUAGGGCCAGUGCUGGGGAGCAGAUAUUUCUUUAUGUUUCUAUUGUUACUUGAUUAUAGGAUAAUUCUAACCAGGUUAUGUAGGGUCUAAGCUAAGAGUUCUAGUUGAGCCUAUAUAUAACACUGUAAUGCCCUGCCCUCAAGAGAGGAAGAAAAACUAAAUGACAAUAUAUUAUUAUUAUGAUUCCCAGUAUAAUUCAUCUGCGUCAUUUUUAGGUGAAAUGCUGAUUGUGUAAUACAAUAUCCAGCUGCAAAAAUGUUGUUUAAAGUGCGCUAUAUUUUCCAUGUGUUGGUUUUCUUUCUUCUCCUCUCCCGAUUUAUAUGCUUCUGAUGUCUAAACUACUUUCAUGAUAGUCAUCACUUGUCCUGUCUUUUACUCAAAUAUUAGUUGGUUGACAAUUAUCAGAAUUUUAAUAUUUGAAAACUUCCAGGUUGCAAAUGUGGCUUUGAUAUGCAAGCCUAUUAUGCUUCGAUACUUUUGGAGAACUCCAACUGAUAAUGACAAAGGAGGAGGAUCUGACGGUUAUGCAACAAAAUGGAAGAUUAUGCAACAAAAUGGAAGUUCUUUCUUGAUAACUUAAAUAGUUUGUACAGAAAGUUGUUCUAUGCAGAAGCUUACAAACCAUGUUGCUGAAAUUGUAGUAGUCCACAAAGUUAUCCCCAAAGAUCAGAGCUUUGUUCCCAAUUCUGAUAGAUUUGAGAAUAAUGCAUUCCAUAAUAGUAUGGUUGUUUUCAAGGCGGAUGUCACAUACUUGAUCUAUGCGACUGGAGACCUGGUCGUUAAAUACAAUGUGUACCCACAUUCUGAUCUUCCGACUCUUCCUCGUAUUGGUGUAGAAUUCCAUAUAGAUAAGUCUCUCGAUCAAAUAAAAUGGUAUGGAAGGGGACCAGUUGAAUGUUAUCCAGAUAGAAAGGAAGAUGCCCAGGUUGGUAUAUACGAGCUAAACGUUGAAAACAUGCAUGUGCCUUAUAUUGUUCCUGGUGAAUGUGCUGGUCUGGUAGAUGUAAGAUGGGCUGCAGUUUGAGACUGUGAUGGUAUUGGUCUUUUUGCAUCAUGCUAUGAUAGAUCUCCACCAAUGCAAAUGAAUGUUAGCUGCUACAGCACUGAAGAGCUUGACAAGGCGACACAUGAGGAAGAUCUUGUUCCGGGGCAUGACAUUGAGUUAAGAAAUCACCUUCUCUUUGUAUUUAUUCCAAAGCAAGAAGAUACCAUAAUUAAAUGGACUGCAAACAAGAUCAUAAUCAUUUAGGUCAUUAUUGUCCAUUGAAAUGACGGAUGGAUGGUGAGACCCACCAUUGAGGACAUCCCUUGUAGUG